AUGUCUUCAAUUAUUGCAAAAUUCAUUCUUAAUCGUCUUCUAAAAGAUAAUCAAUGGAAUAAAAUAGGAGUAGAAAAUCCUUAUUAUCAAUUAGUUCCCAUUGAAGAAGAUUCAAAAGGUAAUAUUAAAUAUAAGAAAAUCCCUAGGGCUGUUCCUGAUGGUAUUUCAGUUAAUGAUUUAACUAUUUUAGAAUCUUUCAAAAGAAAAGCUUAUAGAUAUGAUUAUUGGUUUUCAAUUUUGGGUAUAAGUUUUGGUUGGUGUAAUAUUAUAAGUUUAAUCCCAAUUGUUGGAACGGUAAUUUCUACUUAUUGGUCUUUAAAAUUAUUAAGAUUAACUUGGAGAUUAGAUUAUGGUUUCCCGUUGGAUUUACAAAUUUUAUUUAUAAUCAAUAUCGUGAUUGAUUUCGUAUUAGGAUUAAUACCAUUUGUUGGAACAAUAAUUGAAAUUGGUUAUAAAGCAAAUUCAAGAAAUUAUCUUCUUUUAGAAAAACAUUUACAAAGAGUGGGUGAAGAGAAAUUAGGUUAUAUAACUAAAGAAGAGAUAAGACCAGGUUUCAUUAAUGACAAAAUUCAACCAUUUGUUGAAGAUAAAAUAAAACCAAUGGCACUUAAAUCAAGUGAACAAGUCUUGGAGUUAUUACAUCAUCGUGGUAACAAUAAUAAACCAAGAUCUGCUAGUUCUGAUGACUCAGCAUCAGUAUAUUCAGUACCUGGGUCAACCACUCAAACUACUACAACCUCAGUACUUACAUCCGCUUCUCCAGUAGGUACCGCAACCCCCAUCGAAGUUGAGGAUCUUAUUACUGAAAAAUAUGCUCAUAGUUUGAAUGGUAAUAGUGAAGAUCCUAGUGGGGAUUCUACCCCAGAAGCUGUGGCUUCUGGAAUAUUACGACACAAAAACCUCGAAACUUCUCCAUAA